GCAGUGAGCACGACGAGCUGCGAGCGCUCGUUGGUGAAGGAGUGGCUCCGGUGGUUCGACUCGACAUCACCUCACCCGGCGUGAAAGACGGCGGCUAAGCUAGAUGGUUCUCCGAAUCGGCAGCUAGCGUGAAGGAUUUGCACCUCCAGAGGAAGAGAUAGCGAGCCAAACUGAACCGUCAUGGCUCUUUACGAAUAUGUCACAAAGGAGCAGCUGGCGGGCUUCGACAGAUAUAAGUACAGUGCCGUGGACACGAAUCCCCUGUCCGUCUACGUUAUGCAUCCUUUCUGGAACUUUUUAGUGAAGUUUUUACCAACAUGGCUGGCUCCAAACCUCAUCACGUUUACUGGUUUCAUGUUCCUCGUGCUGAACUUCCUCAUGUUGGCCUUCUACGACUUCGACUUCACUGCCUCUUCUGCAGGAAACCAGCAUGUGCCUAGCUUGGUGUGGGUGGCUGCUGGGAUCUUCAACUUCUUAGCCUACACUCUCGACGGCGUCGACGGGAAACAGGCCCGCCGCACCAACUCCUCGACGCCACUGGGGGAGCUGUUCGACCACGGCCUGGACAGCUGGGCGUGCAUCUUCUUCGUGGCCACCGUGUACUCCAUAUUCGGGCGCGGCGAGAGCGGCGUGGGCGUGGUCACGCUCUACUACAUCCUGUGGGUGGUGCUGUUCUCCUUCAUCCUGUCCCACUGGGAGAAAUACAACACGGGCAUCUUGUUUUUGCCCUGGGGUUACGACAUCAGCCAAGUGACGAUCUCCCUUGUUUACUUGGUGACUGCUGUGGUGGGAGUGGAGACCUGGUACCAGCCAGUGAUCUUUAACCUUCUCUACAGGGACCUCUUCACCUUCAUGAUCAUAGGCUGUUCGUUUACCGUGACGUUACCCAUGAGCCUCUAUAACGUCUUGAAGGCUUACAGGAGCAACACUCUGAAGCACAGCAGCCUGUACGAAGCCUUCCUGCCUUUCCUGUCCCCCGUCCUCCUCUUCGUCUUGUCAACCGCCUGGGUCGUCUUCUCCCCAUCCAAGAUCCUGGAGCUGCAGCCCAGGAUGUACUGCCUCAUGGUGGGGACGGCGUUCGCCAAUGUCACAUGUAAGCUGAUCGUGUGUCAGAUGAGUAACACCCGCUGCGAGCCGCUGACCUGGCUGCUGCUGCCGAUGACGGUGGUGGUGGGUGGAGCCGUGACGAGGGUCUUCACCAACGAGACCCUGCUGCUUUACUUAUGGACCGCCGUGGUCAUCCUCACACACAUACACUACGGCGUGUCGGUGGUGAAGCAGCUCAGCGACCAUUUCAGCAUCUUUGCCUUCUCGCUGAAGAAGCCCAGCCGGGACUGACAGGAGGAGGAACGAGUCGGCCUGACGGCGGCGGAGGUCUAAGCUGCUCCUCUGUUCCACCUAACGACACUUCACCCUCACCGCGGAAACAGAGCCCCCUCCCCCUUCACAAAAAGGACGCUCCAAGCGAAACGGACAGUGGCCCUCCUCUAACACACACGACACACACAGUCACACUCGAACACACAUUCCCAAAGCGAACCGAUCAGAGUCCGGUCACGGCGACGGGGUUGGGCCCCGGGGCCUCUCUGGCUUUUGUCACUGGUGAUUGGCCGUCUUUGUCGAGCCAAUGAGGUGCUAUUGUUUCCUACGGAAAUGCGCUUCCGUCGCGGCGGACGGGAGCCCGCAGGAGCCAUGAGACUUUACCGAGGGGGGCCCCCCCUCAUUACCCAGAGCAUUCAGGAUCUCUUCAUCCAAACCUCAAUAAUUAAACUGAAGCUAGUUUUCCGAGUCGAGACUUUUAAGUCUGCUCCGUCGGGCCGGCUCGCAAAGACGAACGUGUGAGCUCAAUACAGAUUAUAUGGGUAAUCUCUGAAGCCACAUAGUAUUACGACUGUAUAGUAAUGCCCUGGGGAAACGCCAAUUCAGUCUAAAUGUCUGAACAGGAAUGUCUGAAGGAGUGUUGUCGAUCGAACCUGGGAGCACUGGGAACACUGGGAAACUGUCGCUCCAGUUUUGUCCAGAAUUUAAACGUUUGGUCAAUUCCCCUCAACCCCCCCCCUUUUUUUUUUUUUUUUUUUUUUUUUUUUAAAUCUUCCAGUCACUCAUCUGUGGUAAAUGUUAGUAACUUGUAUAUAUUCUAAAAACAUUGUUUGGGGUGAAAUUUCUGUAACAAAGCCUAAAAGAGUGUAAACCAUUGGACACAUUUCCUUUCUAAAUAAUUAUUCUCCUUUGCGCUCGGAGCUGAUUAUUGACUAACUGGGGCGAGACUCAGAUCAGGUUGACCUCUACUAACCCUUUCUUAGUUUUUACUCGGGUACCAGCUCUCCCUUCCCUCUGAGGUGUCGUGUUUUCACGCUGAUUCGUUCUUCUUCUUGCUUUUUCCAUUUUUUUUUUUUCAUUUCAUUUCUUUAUCCGUUUUGGCUACGCUUCUCUUUGCGGUAGUUGUUAUGUUGCGCAGCGCUUGAAUGAAGAGUGUGUCCAAAAACCGCCAGUGGAGCGGACUCACUCUGAGGGACCAAGCCUCCGCACAGGACAGCGCAAAACCUCUUCACGCCGCUUGUGGUCAUGGGUUUUCUUUUCAUUUCUUUUUCCACAACGUGGCGUAGAGCUAGCGUCGUUUUCGUCUUUGUUUUUCAGGAUAUUGAGCGCCAACCGUCUUUUCGUCUCCGAGUUGGCGGAGUUUUUAUGUUCGACUUUUUCACAAUGCAAGGUUUAAGCUUGUUGAGGCGGACAGACAUUUCUCACAGCUGAAGAUGUACCAAUCGGAGCUUCCCUGGCUGAUACCGAUUUUUUUUCUCCUUUUUUUCUUAGAGGUUUGAUUGCUACGUUUUCUUCCAAGGAGUACAGUAGAAAUGACUUCCACAGGUCCUCUAAUAGAGAUUGUAAUUUUGAAUCUAACGGAGAGCGAAGGAAUAUAAGUGGCAUUUUUCUUUCAUUUCUCUAAAUGUGUCUCAAAGUUUGUUUAUUACCUGAAACUGUGGGCAUUUCCUAGCUUUGAUGUGCUUAAAGGACGGGGAGAAAAACAAAAUCAGAUCGGAUCCCAUUAGGAAAAAAUCGGCCCGGUUCCUAUCGCUCUGCCAUCGAUCGGUGCAUCUGUGCACGCAACUCGUCUGAAAAUGUCAGCAACGUGGCAUCGUUUACGUGUGUUUGUGUCCGAAUAAGUUAGAAUCACAAAAUUUGAAUAUUAACGUUGUCUCAGUAGUUGUGAUUAAUGCAGCUGAAUACAAAUACCCAUCCACAGUUCUGUUUAUCUUGCAUACUGGGUACCGGGUUUUAAAAACAUCCUUCCGUCAUGCCAUACGUAAAGAGCUAUUCUUCUCUUCCCAACAUGCCAGAGAUCAUGCCAGAACGAUUAGAAUUUUCUCCAGUUGUAUAAAGAGUGGCCCUUCCCCCACCUGUUGCUGUGCAUGUGUCAGAUGUACAGAUUUGGAUGUUUGGAAGUAGCAACCUGGACAGAUGACUGUACUAAAUGACCAGCUGCUUGCAUCUUGUUUUACCUGCAUUUCUCCAUGAAAAGCAGAUAAGAGAAGGAACAUUUUGUGAAAUUAGCACUUGAAAACUACUGUUAAAUCUAGAGGUGUUUUUAUUAAACAUUUGCAGCUCAGAUCUGUAUAUCCAAAUCCAAGAAAUUAUAAACAAAUGCAUAUUAUGCUAUUGAGACAUUACUAAUCAGUAUGUUGUACUAGAAAUCAUUUUUGCUCUUUUGUGGAGUAUAAAAUAGAAAUUGAGUCAUGUUAUACAUUUCUGUUUUAAAUCUGGGAGCAAAUAGUGCUUUAUUCAUGCAGUUAAAAGUUCUGAACAAAAAUAAUUAACAUGAUUGUUUUAUUUAAAACAGAAAAGCAAAAAUGUCCCUUCAUCUAAAGUAACCUACUUUUAUAAUAUAAAAAAAAUUACACUGCCUGGCCAAAAUAAGUUGCCACCUGGAUUUAACUAAGCAAAUAGGUACGAGCCUCCUAUUGGAUAAUUACUGCAUAGGUGAUUAUCUUUCAGCUGGCAACAAGUUAUUUAACCCCAGCUGAUGCAAUGAGUAACUCCUCAUUUCUUAAACAACCAUGGCAAAAGACACAUCCUGUGGCCAUGGGAAAUACGUUAGACUGUUCAAGAAGGGUCAAAUCAUUGGCAUGCAUCAAGCAGAGAAAAGAUCUAAGGAGAUUGCAGAAACCACUAGAAUUGGGUUAAGAACUGUCCAAUGCAUCAUAAAAAACUGGAAGGAUGGUGGGGAACCAUCGUCUUCCAGGAAGAAAUGUGGUCGGAAAAAAAUCCCGAAUGAUCGUGAUCGGCGAUUACUUAAACGUUUGGUCAAAUCAAAUCGAAGAAAAACAACAGCAGGAGUAUUUUUAAUUGUGAAUGCAAAAGAAUUUCCACACGCCCAAUACGAAGGGAACUCAAGGGGUCAGGAUUGAACAGCUGUGUAGCCGUAAGAAAACCUCUAAUCAGUAAGGCUAACCAGAAAAAAGGCUUCAGUUUGCUAGAGCAUAAAGAUUGGACUCUGGAGGAAUGGAAGAGGGUCAUGUGGUCUGAUGAGUCCAGAUUUACCCUGCUCCAGAGUGAUAGGCGCAUCAGGUUAUAGAAGAGAGGCAGGUGAAGUGAUGCACCCAUCAUGCCUACUUCUUACUGUACAAGCCUGUGGGGGCAGUGCUAUGAUCUGGGGUUGCUGCAGUUGGUCAGGUCUAGGUUCAGCAACAUUGUGGGCCCAAAGAAUGAGGUCAGCUGACUACCUGAAUAUACUGAAUGAC